AUGACAAUUGGUGAUGUGUGUAAUAAGUUUGAAACUAUGUGGAAGUUUUUUCCCGACGAAUUAAAUGAAUCUGGAGAAUAUGAUUUUCGAAAUGAAUUUUUUAACGAAUACUGCCCUGAUGAAAACUGUAAUAACGAUAUCGAUAAGAUUAAUGCUGGAUACUUAUGGUUAUUUAAUAAAUUUUAUGGGGAUAGUGAUAAUUUUUCGAAUUCUGCAAAUGGCAAUAUUAAUAUUGUUGUAUACUUUAUGAUGUGGUUAGGUUAUAAGUUAAAUCAAAAAACACAUGAAGGAAUCAACACAUUUAACGAUUUUUAUACUAGAAAUAUAAAUAGUAAUGAAAAGUAUACUAAUACUAUAGAUGGUGUUGAGGGGUAUAAUAGUUAUAAGGAUCUUAUAGAUAAAAAAAAAGAAUUGAUGAAUAUUUCUAAUGAAAAUAUGUCUAAUCUUUAUGAUGCAUUUAAAAUGUUAUGCAACAUGAUUAAUAAUGCUAAAAAAAAUGAUAAUGGAAACACAUGUUUAGAAUAUGCUAAUAAAUUUGUUAAUAAACAUAAUGAACUUAAGAAUGAUUCUAAUAAUAUUCAAGGGAAUUCAUAUAAUAAAAUAUUGUCUACAUUAUCAGAUGGUUAUACUUCUUUUAAAAAUACUUAUUAUGAUUCUAAUAUAAGAAGUAAACUACCAAGUCUUAUAAUGGAAAAAAAAACACAAAUUUCUUUAAGGCCUAAUGGAUCACAAGAUAUGUUCUCGAGUGAAACGCUACCAUCAAGUACUGAAAUUGAAGUAUCAAUUUCUGAAACUGAUGUAUCAGAUUCUGAAAAAACACUAUCGAGUUCAUUGACAAUAAGCAAACUAAUUCCAAUUCCAUUUAUAUUGGUUGCAACAAUAAUUUUAUUAGGAAUUUCAUAUAAGUAUUCGUUAUUUGGAUUUUGGAAACGACUUCAAAGACAAUAUUUAAGAGAAAAACUAAAAAAAAGAAGAAAAUGA